GCAGGGGGGGAGGGCUUAGAAGACAGCGCACUUCCGGUGCCCUUUCUCCUGCUAGCCCGGCGGGCCUCGGACCCUCGUGUGAAGGGUGUGAUUCCUAAACUGGGGCAGGGUAGAGGCGGGCCGGCACCCCCUUCUAACCCCUGGUCCCGCAGGCCUCAGGAGAGGACAUGGCCCAGAACUUGAAGGACUUAGCAGGACGGUUGCCUGCCGGCCCUCGGGGCAUGGGCAUGGCGCUGAAGUUGCUACUGGGAGCCGGCGCCGUGGCCUACGGCGUCCGCGAGUCCGUGUUCACUGUGGAGGGCGGGCACAGAGCCAUCUUCUUUAACCGGAUCGGUGGCGUGCAGCAGGACACCAUCCUGGCCGAGGGCCUUCACUUCAGGAUUCCCUGGUUCCAGUACCCCAUCAUCUAUGACAUCCGGGCCAGACCUCGGAAAAUCUCCUCCCCCACAGGCUCCAAAGACCUGCAGAUGGUUAACAUCUCCCUGCGAGUGCUAUCUCGACCCAACGCCCUGGAACUUCCCAGCAUGUAUCAGCGCCUGGGGCUAGACUAUGAGGAGCGAGUGUUGCCGUCCAUCGUCAAUGAAGUGCUCAAGAGUGUGGUGGCCAAGUUCAAUGCCUCACAGCUGAUCACCCAGCGGGCUCAGGUGUCCCUGUUGAUCCGACGGGAGCUGACAGAGAGGGCCAAGGACUUCAGCCUCAUCCUGGAUGAUGUAGCCAUCACAGAGCUGAGCUUUAGCCGAGAGUACACUGCUGCUGUAGAAGCCAAACAAGUGGCCCAGCAGGAGGCCCAGCGGGCCCAGUUCUUGGUGGAGAAGGCGAAGCAGGAACAGCGGCAGAAGAUCGUGCAGGCUGAGGGUGAGGCUGAGGCCGCCAAGAUGCUUGGAGAAGCACUGAGCAAGAACCCUGGCUAUAUCAAACUGCGCAAAAUCCGGGCAGCCCAGAACAUCUCCAAAACGAUCGCCACAUCACAGAAUCGUAUCUAUCUCACUGCUGACAACCUUGUGCUAAACCUACAGGAUGAAAGUUUCACUCGGGGAAGCGACAGUCUCAUCAAGGCUAAGAAGUGAGCCUGGUGACCAAGAACUUCGCCCCCAGAGAGGAAGUGGGUCUCUUUCUCCCCUGGUUUUCGAGGAGUCAGCUAGGGGUCCAGCACACCCCUGGCCCACCCCAGUAUCAUGUGAUGGUCCCCUCUGUGUCCACCCUCCCAGCCACUCUUGGAAGACUGACCCUUUUUCAAGGAAAUGACUUUUCCUCUUCUCCAUUUUGUCCAGGGGUGUUGGAACAUGUGUGAUUUCUCAGUGAUUUCCUACAGUGUUGGUUCAGUGCCUCAAGGUUGGGAGGAGAUAAUCACCAUCCCAGGAAUUCUCAAUAAAUUUUUAUUACUUAAACUGAAGUCAAGCCCUCACGUGUCUGAGCUGUGUUAGGAGAAGCACGCAUGCGCACACUUCAGGGUCUUUCCUGGUAUCUGCCAGCAGAGGGUGCAAAGAACCAGGCCAGGGCAGUUAGGGACAAGCAGAACCUAGGCCCUGCUGCCCUCGCCCUCCAAGCCUAACAGAGUGAGACUAGCAGGCCCUGGGAUCCUGAGGCCUAGCUGUACUUUUCACCCUACCAUCUGUUUCUACUGCAUUACCCCAUUUAUUUACCAACAUCUUUCUUGAAGCUGGAGCAGCUGUAGCUUUGCUGAGCCAGACAAAAAAAUUCAGGACCCAAGGAGUGCUGCUUCCUUGGUGACAGGGCUUCAUGUGGCUAUGGAGGAGACCAUUUGUGCCCAGUGGAUCUUGUUGCCUACUGUGGGCUACCCAUACUUAACAGUUUCUUGGUCACCAGAUCUGAGGAGCUGUUUGCAUAACUGAGGGCUCUGCCUAGGGAGGUGAGCUCCUUACUCCCACAGCUCUGGGUCCCCCACAGAACAGGUACCUGCUUUCAAUCCUUAGAUGAGCCUCCUGAUGUUAUUCCCAAGACAGCCCUCACUGAAUUCCAAGCACCAGAAACAAAACGCCACUGCUUGUACUUGUAUCCCACUACAGCCCGUUUCCCAUCCUGUGUCAUUACGGGGGGAGCCCUGAUGGCACAGUGGUUAAGAGUGCCAGAGUAGUUAAGAAUCCACCACCAUUGCUUGGAAACCCUAUAAGGCAGUUCUGUGUCCUGUGGAGUCACUAAGAGUCAGAAUCAACCCCAACAAGUUUGGUUUUUUUGGUCUCUAUGGGGAGACAAGAAACAUUUGGAAGUAUAAAACACUAGGGGCAAGAGUAUGUACAGGAAUUACAAAAAUGUGUGGUAGAGGGACUGGAUUAAUGUUCAAUGUCUUAGAGUUUGAAGAAAGUAGAUUAACUUUCCCCUGAUCUGGGGGUUCAGUAUUAUGAAAGGGAUAGAGAUGAGGCAGCCUGACCCUGAGAAAUUGGGAGCCUAAUAUGAAAUUGACAACCAUACAAAAGACAGGUCAAGUGAUCUGGAUCAACCCUCCACGUGUUCUAUUCAGACUUUAUUUCACUUUCCCAAGGCGGGAAGAGAAUGGAGUUGCCUAGGGAACAAGUAUUUCCAAAUCCUGCUGCAGCUUAGAGGCAGCCAUUUUGUUUCCUCUGCAUUGUUCCCCUUUUCCUAGUGAUUCACCCCCGAUCUGGCAGGGUAAAGGUCAGAGGUUGUUGGUCAGGAGAACUUCAUGGUCUUCAGGUUGCCCUGAAGGUCUUUGCAGAGGGAACC